AUGGAAGGGGCAGAUUCCACAAACACUACGCGUACGCAGUCCGAAGUGUACAUGCACAUCCCUGGCAGAGGAGAAUGCAUCUUUUUAGUGGCUUUCUUCAUCCUGGUCAUGAUAGUGGGAUCCUUCGGUAACUGCCUGACUCUCUGCGUCUACUGCUCCAAAUCGCUCAAAUCCAGCACCCAUGUGCUGAUCAUAGCCCUGUCCGUGGCCGACCUCAUCGUGUGUCUCCUCCGACCCUACGAAAUCGCCUGGUACUCGUCGUCCCUAACCGAAGACCCCAUACCCAGGCUGAUUUUCGACGGCUUUAACUGUUUGGACCGCACAUUCAUCGCGACAUCUUUCAUGGCCACCGGCGUCAUCGCGUUAGAUCGUUACGAUUGCGUGUGCCGUCCCAUCCACCGGAAAAUCAUGACGUCUAGUCGGGCCAAAAGAGCCCUGUUGGCGAUCUUGGCAGCAUCCGUGGUCGGAAACACUCCUCUGUACUUGCAAACGAGCCUGACAGAAAACCCACCGUUGCUGAACUUUAUCAUUUACAUCUCCGUAUUCGUUUUGUUUUUAGCCUCCCUGGCGACGAUAACAGUGUGUUAUAGCAAGGUCUUUCUAACGAUACGGAGACACGUGAAAACUAGCCCCGAGUUGUAUGGGAUGCGGCAAGUGUGUUCUACUAGACAGCACGCCACUGUGGAAGAUGCAUCUCUCUCCAAUAAACCUCCGUUUGAUAUUGGCCUCGGGCCGGCUCCCGAAAUCCAAACUGUUGGACUAUCAUCAAGAUGUCCCGGCAAUUAUCCAGGCAGGUGGGCCAAUGCCCGGGGUUGUGGUGCUGGCGAGACCACAGCACGCCACCAGUUCAUCAUACCGAACGGACGAAGACGCGCCCCGGCACCGGUCCUGCAGCGGAAAACCACCACAAUGCUAUUCGUCACCAGCGUGGUGUUUCUGGUCGUCUGGUUGCCGUACGGGAUCAAUGCCAUCAUGGACGCCUUCGAUGAAAAAUCAGUCUUUAUGAAGGUUUUGUCCAACAUCCUUUAUCUGAAUAACGCCAUCAAUCCGUUCAUCUAUGGCCUCGCUAACCGUCGAUUUCGGAAGGAGUGCAAGGACGUUCUCAGCAGAAUGAGACUGUACUAG